CCUCGCGCCUGUCCUUCUGCCCUCCCCAUCCUACUCAGUUGCCAUAAAUGGUGACUUAGACAAUACGGUCACAUGACACAUGAUGUGUCUUCUCCGUCGCCUCCCAUCUUCCUUGACAGUCGUUAACGUUGGCCCCCCAUAUUGCACACACCCUUCCCCAGUAGCGAAAUUUAUAGAAUUCUCCCUGUUUGUCGUGAAAUUGUCCUGGGUAUCCUAUUCACUCAGCCGCAACAGUCUACUAGUCAACAAAGACGAUCAUCUAUGUUCGGAGCUGCUUGGUGUAUCCUCCGUUAUUCAGUCAGACUCUCUCUUCGCCAAGGACCUGAAAGUGAAGACUGAACAAGCAGUUCAAGACACGAUUGUCGCAACCAACAUCAUCGAGGGCUUUAAAAACCCACAUCAGAGUGCAGCAUAUCUCAAGAAUCAUGCUUCGUUCCCUCUGGAAUUCUUCACCCGUGUCACGCAAGAGAUGCAGGAGCGUCUGCAGUGGUUCAAAAACACUAUCGAACAAAUUGAGCGGAAACUAUCUGCAUCGGCAUCUCAGUCUCAAAAUACACCCCAAGUUCCUGCUCGUGUGUCACCUUGCAGAAUGGGUACAACACCAUGGUCCAAAUCUCAAUGGUCAUUAAUGUUGCCCCCCCGCAUGAAACACUACUACUAUUCAUCAUAUGAUGGUACUGCCUUGGAUCAUUGCCAGAGUCGUCUUUCGUGUGAACCAACUCGGAAUCCGUUGGCUGGACCCAGUGUCCCAUUCUUGGAGGGAUGUCCAGCAAUAAAGAACUUCUUCAAGGGUGCUUCUGUCACACUUGUCCACCAGUUUCAGACUGCCACUCUUGCUGUUCUCAAGCAGAACAAUGUUCAUGCACUGGACCUCCGCCCAGAACUCCUUCAAGGAACAAUGUUCAUGCACUGGACCUCCGCCCAGAACUCCUUCAAGGGCAUUUCUGUCACGCUCGUCCACUGGUUUCAGACCACCACUCUUGCUGUUCUCAAGCAGAACAACAUUUGUGCACUGGACCUCCGCCCAGAUUCACCACAGUUCAGCCAGUUCAAGAACUCCUUCAAGGGUGUUUCUGUCGUGCUCGUCCACUGGUUUCAGACCACCGCUCUUGCUGUUCUCAAGCAGAACAACGUUUGUGCACUGGACCUCCACCCAGAUUCGCCACAGUUCAGGCAGGGCAUUUCUGUCAUGCUUGUCCACUGGCCGGGCCUCGAAAAUAUCCAAGGAUUGGUUGCCAACGCUGGAAACUUUGAGUUUGAGAACACGACGGUCAAGGACUACUUCAAGAAAGCUUGGGGUCGCAGCAGCAGCAUCAUGGUUCUGUAUGCGCUAGUGUUUGGUUUGGCAGAUGGUAUCCUAUGGUACUCACUCUUGUGCUCAUGCGGGUCAAUCAAAAUUGAGAGCCAAAAGGCGGCAUCGGACACCAUUCAAAAGAAGCCGAGGCGGAGGAAAGAAUCAGCUAUCCUGAAGUCAGCUUUGGCUGACAUCCAGAAAUGCAAGGAACUUGGAAUUGAAAUGCACCUCCAAGCAAACAAGACCAGGAGCAGCUAUGCUGGCCAUGCACUAGCCCUCUUCAUGUCCCUGAAGGGGUUCCAUGAAAACCUCAGCAAGAACACGGUCGAAAGUAUCCGCGCAGCAUUCAAAAAGCUCUGGGAGCAAGCGGAUGGCGGCACAUUUCGUGGAAAGUGGAGUUUCAAUGAGGUGAGACAGCGCUGGGAGGGAAAUCCAGCCAACUCAGCAGAAGUUUACGACGUGAUGGCAUCUGUCAAGCACAAGGCCAGCGCAGAGGGUGGAGAUCGAACUCACUCGAUGGCAAUGACAAAAGACUUCAUGGAUCGCAUGCUCCAAUGGCAUGAGGCCGCAUGCCCGCUGGAGAUCGCACUGCAGGCCGUCCAGCUAGUGAUGAGUGGCACACUGCCUUCGCAGGUCCAACUGACUCUUGACACAAGGACCCAGCUCACUCGCCAUCUUGAACAGGUCACUUUCGAUGCUGGCGCAUGGAUCUUAUGGAGCAGGUGCUUCAAACUCGUGAAACUACAGCGCAAAGACAUCUCGCUCGACACAAUCCUGCUGGACACCGUCAUGAAAAAGUAUCUGGCAUGCGAGCCACUGACACUCAGCGACAGCAACACCUAUUUCGAAAUAUUCCUCUCGAACCGAAAAGGAUGGCAGAAAAGGGUCGAUAAGGGCAUCUGCGAGGCAGACCUUAGGUCCAACCACUACAAGAUAUUUCCCCGCCCAGACAUGCCUUCCUGCGACAGCUUCAUCUGGAUGUUGCUCUGGAUCAAAUGGCUCAAGUUUUUUCAUUACGGGCGCACACUCGGGCCAAACUACUUCAUCUUCCCUUCGAUGGGUGCCAAUGGCAUCAUGCAGCCUGGACAGCAUCUCUCCCAUGACACUGUCCAAAAGUGGAUUGAUGAGGCAACGACAGGUGCUGGCAUCCUAGGCUGUUUUUCGACUCACUGCUUCCGCCGUGGAGGUGCCCAGUAUUGGUUUAUGUUCGCACCGGUUGGUCAGCGGUGGUCACUUGCCAUGGUUCGAUGGUGGGGAGGAUGGGCUGAUGGUGAACAGCGAAACACGCUCAUUCGUUACCUUCUCGACGAACUACACACCUAUGAGACUGACUACAGUGAUGCCCUUGCUCCUUUCUCCCGCGAAGCUGAAUCCUCCCUUGCAGGCGAGCAGGCACUCAUGAGGCCAGCAUCCACUGAGGAGCUGUGCAUGGUUCAUGCAUCCAUGACCGCAGAUGUCAAUCGUUUGCGAGUUGACAUCAGUGCAGUCAACGACUCGCUUCGGUCACUCACUAGCAUGGUCCAGGCCACUUCAAGUUGCCUGAAGGCUGCUGGACACCUACCUCCAACACAGCUCAAAGAAGAUCCCUGCUUCACCCUUCUCCGAGUCUCUGCAUCCAGUGCAGAGUCUCCUCAGAUUUCAACUCCUUGGCAUGUCCGUCCACCACCAACACACUCCCGUCCUCUGUCAUCUGUCCGCAGGAGCCAUGGCCAUGCACACAUCACUCCAACUACUCGACCACUGCCAUCUGCUGCUGCGCACACAGCCUCAACUCAACAACUCCCAAGCAACGGUCUCGUCAUUCCACGGCUGCCACUCGUCCGUUCAAACGGGUUGAAGACUCCAAAGGCCGAGUCCUGGAGGGACAUCAUCACACACUGGCUCGUCGGCGACCCCGACAGAGGGUUGAAGACGCCACUCAAGGACUGGCCACAGGAGUGGUACCAAGGCCUGAAUUGGAAGCUUGCAAUGCAGUACCAGAACAGGGCCGUUGUUGCGCGCGAGUUUAUCAACCAUUACCAGUCAGACAAAGCCCUCUUCCUUGCAGCCUACCCAGAAGCCGAGCGGGGACACACCCCACUGCUUGCAGCUGUCAACAAGGCACAGGCUGCACGAGGAGAGCGUUUCUUGCAAGUUGGUUUCGAAUGUUCUGAGGUCCGGGAGGUCCACGCCAACGAUGAAAAUCAGAUGCAAAGCCUAGUGAGCGAGCGAGCGAUGAUCUGGCUCGAAAAGGGCAAAGAUCGAGACCAUGUGCGUGCACGUGGGACUUUUGGCUGA